GUUCGCACUGAUUUCUAUAAGAAGUCAAACCGCGUGACGCGUUUAUUGUGUGUUUACAGCACGUGCUUUCAGCGCCUUUAGUGCAGUUUGAAAUGUGUCUCAACCGCACCGUUGUCCGUCUGAUGACGUGGCGGCGGCUGAUUGGCUGUGAGCGUGGUUCUGAUGAGCGACCAUAUUAGUUCAGUUCAUUCUGUAGCACUCACACACACACACACUCCUUACUCUCAGAGUAGCACACACUCUACUCUACAUUUUUCUGCGGUAUUGAUGUAAGAAGCUCUGUUCGCUCGGCGCGUCGUUUCUAUACUAUAUCAGUGGGAAGAUGGCGAGUCCCGCGCGGACCCCGGCCGGCCAGCAGUCGCUGCCCCGCGGCGGCGCUUCUCCUCUGAGCCCCGCGCGGAUCUCCCGCCUGCAGGAGAAGCAGGAGCUGCAGCAGCUCAACGACCGGCUGGCCGCCUACAUCGACGCGGUGCGCCGCCUGGAGUCCGAGAACGGCGCGCUGCAGCUGCAGGUCCUCGAGCGCGAGGAGACGCGCAGCCGCGAGCUCACCGGCCUCAAAGCGCUCUACGAGACCGAGCUGGCGGACGCGCGCACGGCGCUGGACGAGAUGGCGCGGGAGCGCGCACGCCUGCAGCUCGAGCUGGGCCAGAUGAAGCGCGAGCACGAGCAGCUGCAGCACACAUGUAUGAAGAAGAAUGCGGAGCUGGCCAGUGCUCAGGCCCGGCUGACAGAAGCUGAAGCUCUGCUGAACUCUAAAGAAGCGUCUCUGAACACAGCUGUGUCUGAGAGGAAGGCGCUGGAGAGCACCGUCACAGACCUGCAGCUCCACAUCCAGGAGGAGAUGAAGGACACGCGGCGCAGGCUGGAGACGCGUCUGGUGGAGGUGGACUCGGGCCGUCAGGUGGAGUAUGAGUUCAAGCUGGCUGCGGCGCUGGCCGAUAUGAGACAGCAGCACGACGAGCAGGUCCAGGUCUACAAGGACGAGAUGGAGCAGACCUACACGGCCAAGCUGGAGAACGUGCGUCUGUCGUCGGAGAUGAACAGCUCGUCGGCGAGUAUGGCACGCGAGGAGCUGCGCGAGUCCUCGCUGAGAGUCGAGAGUCUGGCCGCUCAGCUCGCUAACCUGCAGAAACAGUGUGUAGUGUGCUGUCUGGUUAGGGACUGGCGGUUUAACGGCUGCUCUGUCUCUGUCAGGCUGAAGCUGUCUCCCAGCCCCUCGGCUCGUGUGACGGUGUCCCGGGCCUCCUCCAGCCGCAGCGUUCGCACCGCGCGAGGGAAGAGGAAGCGUGUGGAUGUGGAGGAGUCCGAGGCCAGCAGCAGCGUCAGCAUCGCUCACUCCGCGUCUGCCACUGGAAACGUCUGCAUCGAUGAGCUGGACGUGGACGGGAACUUCAUCCGCUUGCACAACAGCUCUGAGCAGGAUCAACCCAUGGCAGGAUUUCAGCUGACCAGAACUAUCGGUGAUGUUUCUGCUACGUAUAAAUUUACUGCCAAAUACGUCCUGAAGGCUGGGCAGAAAGUAACGAUCUGGGCGUCUAAUGCAGGCGUGAGCUCCAACCCUCCUACGGACCUGAUCUGGAAGAGCCAGAGCUCAUGGGGGAGCGGCAAGAACAUUAAAGUGCUUCUGCUGAGCCCAGGAGGAGAGGAAGUAGCUGUGAGGAGCACAGUAUUCAAGACUGCAGUGGAGGAGGAGGAACAGGAAGCUGAAGUCAUUGAGGAGCGUUUCUUUCACCAGCAGGGAGAUCCUCAUACUUCUAAGAGGGGUUGUGCGAUCAUGUGAUCAGAGCUGCCAGCUGAACCACCUUCCUGUGUGGCCCAUUUUUUGAGUGAAUCUUUUUUUUAAAUUAUGCUUUUUAGUCUUUUUCACUUCAGUUUGUUUCGGAUUUUGUGAAACGUUUAUCCGCUUAAAUUGAAUGAACCAAAUGUUUUUCUUUUUGUUUGCAACAGUGAGGACUCUUUUCUAGACUCGUCCACGUCAGAUUCUGUGACCAACCUUUUUUUUUUUUUUAAUCAUGUUCAUAUUAAUUUUAUAAGAUGGCAUUUUAUGUUUCUUUUAUAGACCGAUUUAUAAUGGCUCAUAGUUUUUAGUGAGAUUAUUACAGACAGUAGACAUUUGCAUGCUAGUUUGAAUAUGGAAGUGUCAUUGUAUUUAAAGCAGCUGUUCAGAAGUAGUUCACUACAUGAUGACGCAUCUCUUCUGCAGACAGACCUCACUCAUCCUCAGAGCUCAGGAACAUGUAGCACAGGUCUGAUUUUAUCCUGCAGAGCUGGACCAUGAGUGCUUUCUGUCUAUUCCUGCUGAAGAGAUGCAGCAUUGGGUCUCUCUUCGACUGUAUGUCUGCGUGAGGCCGUGUGAUCAAUGAAAACACUGCCGUUAAACCUCAAGAUUCAGUACUGUAUGUUUUUUUACAGAUCAGCUUGUCAGAGCUGAAGUGUUAUUUUGUACUGCUUUUGUCUGCACUAUCUAACAAACACUAGCCUUACACAUACACUUUGUUGAUUUUUAACCUUUUAAUUUAAGAAAUGCAUGCUUUAUUUUGCUGCAGCCUUUAUACUUCAAAUGAUCGAAUAAAGUGUUGAAUGUA